AUGAAGGUCAUCAAAGCCCUGUACGAUUACACGCCGGAAGGAGUGACUUCGACGCAAGAAUUGGCCUUCAGCAAGGGAGAUUUCUUUCACGUUAUCAGCAGGGAGGACGAUUCAGAUUGGUACGAAGCGUGCAAUCCGCUGAUCCCUAGUGCCAGGGGGCUCGUGCCCGUCUCCUUUUUUGAGGUUAUCGGCAAAAACGAGAGGGAUAGUGGGGGUUCCGGCGACUUGUCCAACCACGACUCUGGCUUCUCCGACCGUCUUCCUGACUCUCACAAAAACGGCCUUUUCAGAAUGUCCGCUCUCAAGGGCCAAGGCGCCAUGGUCUAUGGCGUCGUGCAGUAUGAUUUUCAGGCCGAGCGCCCCGAUGAAUUGGACGCGAAGGCCGGCGAGGCCAUUAUCGUCAUCGCCCAGUCCAACCCGGAGUGGUUUGUCGCCAAACCCAUCGGUCGCCUCGGCGGUCCCGGUCUGAUUCCCGUCUCUUUUAUCGAGUUGCGCGAUAUGCAGAGUGGUCAGGCCGUCGUCGACCCGUUGGACGCCGUGCGACGCGCCGGUGUCCCCAAGGUGGAGGAGUGGAAGAAAAUGACUGCUGAGUACAAGAACAGCAGCAUCACCCUGGGCAAGAUUGAGGGUGGACAGGGGCAGAGUGGCAGCGGGCAGAUGACGGCUGUCACUUCUGGCAUGGAAAAGAUGUCCAUGAGCCAGGGCCAUCAAUCUCAGUUGAGUCAGAGUGGCAAUGGUUAUGAUCAUCAACGCAACGCAAGCAGAGGAACAGUGUCGCAAGCGCCGGUUCAACAGGGCUACCCCCUUCUCGUCCCCGUCUCCGCCUACAUCCCCCGCUACUGUUUCGACAAUGACAAGUACUGGUACAUCAUUGAGGCGAAAAUGGAGGACGGUCGCUGCUGGGAGUUGUCCCGCUACUAUCACGACUUUUACGAUUUCCAGAUCGCCCUCCUGACCCAAUUCGAAGACGAGGCCGGCAACCGUGGUCGCGCCCGCACCUUACCGUUCAUGCCGGGCCCCGUCACCCACGUUACCGAUGCCAUCUCCAACGGCCGACGACAGAACCUCGACGAAUACAUCAAGAAACUCCUGUCCAUGCCCCAUCACAUCUCGAGCUGCACCCUCGUGCGCGAACUUUUCGCGCCCCGCGACGGCGAUUUCGAAAUCGACCCCGCUGCCUUUGGCGAGGAUACCCGCUACUCCGGUGGCUCCCAGCAGUCCGGCGUGGACCCCGCGCAGAGCGUUUCCCGUCAAUCCUCGCAGCAGCAGAUCAACGCGUCCACGGAUCGGAUCUCGCAGCAGCGGGCUCCGGGACUCGCACCGAACGGCAACCGACCUGCCAUGGACCGUCAGCCGAGUUCAAUCACUCAGGCCUCCGCCACCUCCACCAACAGCGCCAUGAAGGUCAAGGUGUUCUUCCAGGACGACCUCAUCGCCAUUCGCAUUCCAUCCGGUGUCAGCAUGCAACAUCUCAAGGACAAGCUGUGUGACCGCCUGAAGAUCCAGCAGGAGAUCAUUGUGCAGUAUCGCGAUGAAUCAUCUGGCUCUUAUGUCGACCUUCAAACUGACCAGGACUUGGAGAACGCGAUGCAGCGAAACGUCAAGUUGACGUUGUUCGUCAGCAUCGCAUAA